AUGUUUCGGAAAACAAAGAGCAGAACCAAUUUAAGACAGCGUGUACGCUCGGAUGAUGACGAUGAUGAUGUUCUUCCUAGUGGAAGUGUAGGUGAAGCGGGCACAACGUCGGGUAACGGUUCCGUAAACAACCGGGGAACGAAAAUGGAUGCGGAAAAGGUGAUUUACAAGGAGGAAAUCGAAGAGCGAACUGUGGUGGUUAAACCAAAACCGAACAGUUUGCUGAGUUUUGACGACGUUGAAGGUCUGUUGCCUGCAGCAAUCUUGCUAAGUCAGGACAAGUUCUGUGAACUGCGCCCUGAAGCUUGCUUCUUCAAAUUUGGAUAUGAAGCAAGCGUGAAGCGAAUGGAAAAAUUAUCAAGAAAGGCAAAAGAAUUAUCAGUUGGUGAAUUUGAGAGCGUUAAGGUAAAAAAAGAAGUGGAAAUUGCUGAGAAGGGUCUAGCUGUUUUUAGUGCUUGUUAUGAGGUCACCUCCACAGUUAAGCAAGAGACCGUGGGUCAAGAUCAUGAUUCAAGUGACGAUCCUGUCCGUCAAAUUCCUGACGCGCAGGCUGUGUAUGAAGCUCGAAAAAAACGAGAAAGGAUGAGAUUAAUGGGUGAAGAUGGCCUUGUACCUCUUGAUAACGUUCAGCGGCUUAAGGAUAAAUCGGUCGCCAGAUCUAGAUUAGUUCGCGAAGACGAUAACGAUAUAAGUGAUGAAGACGAUGAGAGAGGGCAUUUUUACUCGUCUAAAAAUAUCAUUGAGAAUGAGGAAGAGAGGAUUCGAAAUAAUCGGUCUGACUUUCUAGCUGCUGAACAAGGAGAUGACGAAAACGAUCAGUCAGAUGAGGAAGUUUCACGUUGGGAGAGCGAACAAAUCAGAAAGGGAGUAUCAUUCCAUAAAGUUGAAAGAAUGGAGUAUGAACGGGCAAGAAUGGCUGCUGCAAUGCAAGCCAUAAUGGGAAGUUUUCCUCAGAUGACUGAAAAUACUGAGCAGUUACCAAUGGAAAUGGACGUUGACGUUGGGGAUUCUGAAGCUUUAGAUGCCUCUCGAGGACGUGUGUCUGGUCAGACAACAGUCAUUACUUUAGAAGAGAUCUUAUCAAAACUUCGCUUGAGAAUCAAAGAUAGGGACGAAGUAUUGAAUGCUCGGGAACUUGAGUUAGAGUCUUUGGAAAGAAACAUGAAGGAAAACAAGGAGACAAUCACUAAUCUGGAAAUGGAAGAGCCAAAGUUAACUGAACGUUUUCACAUGUAUCAACAUAUACGGGGUUACGUCAGAGAUCUUUUAGAGUGCAUUAGUGCAAAGAUUGGUGAAAUUAAAACUGUUGAGAGCCAAAUAUCAGCCAUUUUUAAUGGACGGGCUCAGAAGCUUAGAAAAAGGAGGCGACAAGAUGUUCAUGAUACAUAUGACGAAUGUUCUGCAGCAGCGGCAGGAAAACAGCAAAGUAUUAUAAGGAACAAUGAAGUGUCAAAAAGGGCUGCUGAGAGAGAGGCAAGAAGAGCAAGGAGACGCCGUCUUCGUGAAGAUACUUUGGAGGGGAUUUCUCAUGAAGAAGGUUUAAGCACAGAUGAAGAAGAGACUAAAAGUGAAUUGGUCGCUCGUCAGCAAGCACUAGCGGAAAUUCGUGAGGCUUCUGCUGUAAUAUUUAUUGAUGCUGUUGAUGAUUACUGCCAAGUUGGAAAAAUAGUUUCCCGUUUUGUCGAUUGGCUUGCUGUAGACGAAAGUUCGUUUGCUGAUGCUUACAUUCAGUUGUUUAUUCCUAAACUACUUUCACCGUUUAUACGGUUGGAAAUGCUUUGUUGGGAUCCGCUCGAGGACGUGGAUUAUCCGCUGUAUCGGAUGAAGUGGUAUGAGGAGUUGCUGAUGUGCGCAUCAAACAAUGCAGAUGUUGAUGUUGAACAUCCGCUUCUUGUGUCCUUGAUUCCCCUAUGCAUUGAAAAAGUGGUUUUGGACAAACUUACUGAAAUUGUAGAAGAACGAUGGGACCCUCUCUCCGAAAAACAGUGUAAACGUCUGGGGUUUCUUCUGGAAUCUCUUGUCGAGGAAUGCCCUUCAAUGGUAUCAUCGAGCCAACCCGUUCAAAGGCUUUUACGAGCUAUGCGAAAGAGAAUACAAGAGUCGAUUGAUGAGGAUUUGUUUGUUCCAAUAUAUUCUAAACAAGCCGUAGAAAAUAUUAGUACGGGUUGUAAAGCAUUCUUAGACAGGCAGUUUUGGACGGCUGUAAAGUUGGUUCGUUGUUUGCGUUACUUUUCUGAACUGCUGUCACCAGAAUGUCUCGAAGCGUUGAUUUUGGAAGGUGUAGCUAACAGGAGCUGGUCAUUAGCUUUACAGUGUUGUAUAUCCAAUGAUACAUCAAUGGUACGAAAGUGUCGUGCCAUUUUGAAAUUAAUACCUCAGGAAAGUUGGGUUAAAUAUGGCAGUACUUCGCUUCGGUCGUUGAGCACAACUUUGAUUCGUGUUGCAGAGGACUUAAGAUCAAAGCAUAGAAUAAACAGCUUCCAAUCUUAUGGUUUUCUUUGUGUCUGUGUUAGAGUUUUACCCUUGAAAGUUCAAAUUCUUUCACGUCCCUACCUUAGUGGCUUGUUCGUUUUUGGAGGACAUUUUGGGUUUGACUUUGGAGAUUUCAGUUCGAGGCUCCGGCAACCUCGUUCAAGACAAAUCUUUGCUUAUCUUAACUACACUUCCUACGCUGAAGGUCUAACAGUUAAACAAAGCCAAGGUUUCAUUGUUAUCAUGAUAAAUUGGGAACAAGCUGAGAUAAUAAUUAGUAGAUUCGAACAAAUGACUAAAACCAACCUUCGAGAACUGAACCAGUUGCACCAGUGUUUAGCCGGGAGCAAACGGGCUAAUGAUUGGGAAGGCGUGAUGUCGAAUAGGAGGAAUGUGACUCGCAAAAUUGACCAGCUACAAGACUGGUUGAAGCAGAUUCUUGAACUUCGUCGCAAAUUGAAGUCCAGUGACUUGGACCGUUUUGAUACGAAAGUUGAACCACUGCGAAUCAAAAUUACUGCAGCUAUUCGUGCCCUUAACGAACUUUGUUCCAGUGAAGUUGUAGGAGAAGAGAAGAAUAUCUAUAGUGAGAUGUAUGAAGCCCAAGCUUCCCCUUCAAACAGCGAGACCGGCUUCUCUCAGCGACAAUUAGAAUCUGAAGCCUUGAAAAUUCGCGUCGAACAGGCCAGAGAAGACGCUGAGGAGACGAAGAGACUUGCUACUAACAUUGAGGACCUAAAUGAAAUAAUAGUACAGUUGGGACAGCUGGUUCACACCCAACAUGAAAUGGUUGAUAGUAUCGAAGAACAUGUUGAAAGAACAAAGCAUCAUGUUGAGGAAGGGCACAAACAACUAAAGAAAGCUCAAGCUUCUCGCCAUGCUAAGGCGCCACUUUUUGCUGCAGCGGUUGGUGGCGUUGCAAUAGGUGGACCUGUUGGAAUUGCUGCAGGUUCUGCCAUAGCGGGGAUUUGUGCUGCUGUAGGUGGCGCAAUUGCCGGUUCGGAACUUCCUUAA